GGCUGCAUUGAUUCUUAUAAUUUGAAGACAGUAGAGGAAAUUUGAAGCACUUCUUCUUCCUCGAGAGUUGAGCAGUCAGACCUUUUCCUUCAGCUUCAGGGUCUUGGUCUCAAUAUUUCAGGAAAUAUGGAUUAGUUCCGUUGUUGGGAAAAAUGGGUUCGCGGGUUUGGUUACGGGGUGAUAGCAUGUGUGGGAUUAUGCUGGGUCUUUCUCCCACAUUUAGACACGCCAAUUUUCCCUCAAUGGUUUCAAAGGGGUUUAGUUUCAGGUUUAGGCACUGGCCUUGUUGCGGGCAAACAAGAGUGGUUGCCUUUGCUUCUUCCACUGACCAACUCCAUCCCCAAGUCCAAGACAAGCUAUUAACUAGUCCGGAACUUGUAGCCUUGGAAUAUGCUGACCUUAACCUUCCUCUUCCUGACAAGGAACUGGGUAAUGUCAGAAUCAGGCAACAUGUCAACCCUCUCAAGGCCUCCUUUUCUGUGCCAGUACAAGUGCCUCAUUGGAAUCAAGUCUUUAGAGACCCAACAUUGCCACUAAUGGUGGAUAUUGGAAGUGGUAGUGGCAGAUUUCUUAUGUGGCUUGGCAAAAGAAAUGCUGGUGUAAGAAAUUAUUUGGGCUUAGAGAUAAGAGAGAAACUGGUGAACCGUGCCCAGUACUGGGUUAAGGAGAUAAAUCUUGAUAAUGUGCAUUUCAUCUUUGCAAAUGCCACAAAUUCUUUCAAACAAGUAGUGUCUACCUAUCCUGGACCUUUGAUGAUGGUUUCAAUCCUGUGCCCAGAUCCUCAUUUUAAGAAAAGACAUCAGAAGAGGAGGGUGGUGCAAAAGCCUUUAGUAGAUUCCAUAGCUACAAGUUUAAUGGGCGGAGGGGAGGUGUUGAUACAGUCGGACGUGUAUGAAGUGGCUGUGGAUAUGAGGUGUUUAUUUGAUGGUGAGGCGAAUACUCUGAAGCACAUUGAUGAAGUGGAGUCGAGUGUGUUAUGUGAUAGUGAGGGAUGGUUGUUGAGAAACCUCACGGGGAUAAGAACUGAGAGAGAAAUACAUGCUGAAUUCGAAGGUGCGAAAAUAUAUAGAAGAAUGUACCGAAAGUCUAUAUAAGAUUAUUCAUCACUUCAGGAGAUGAGGUGUGACCAUAUCUGAUUUAUUAUUUAUUUUUGAUAGCUGCAUUUUAUUAAAAUAAAUAAAUUACAUAUUAAAAGUGUGUACCAUUACUUAAUCAUAGAGUAUCCACUAAACUCAAGGCAAUACAAAAUAAUUAAACUUUUGUACUAUUUUUCCUAGUAUUAGCGUUGAACUGUUGAUUA